AUGGCGACCGCUGCUGUGAUCGAUGACGACGUUCUGGAGCCCACGCUCCAAUCCAUUCUUGAUCAAAAGACCCUUCGCUGGAUCUUCGUUGGAGGCAAAGGUGGUGUCGGCAAAACGACUACGUCAUGCUCUCUCGCAAUUCAGCUCGCAAAGCAUCGCAAAUCAGUCCUUCUUAUCUCUACGGAUCCCGCACACAAUCUGAGCGAUGCCUUCAACCAGAAGUUUGGCAAGGAUGCGCGGUUGAUCAAUGGCUUUGACAACCUGAGCGCCAUGGAGAUUGACCCUAAUGGAAGCAUACAAGACCUCCUCGCUGCUGGGGGCGAGAACGCAGAGGACGCAAUGGCAGGAUUGGGAGGCAUGGGAAACAUGAUGCAAGAUCUAGCAUUCAGCAUUCCUGGUGUUGAUGAAGCCAUGUCCUUCGCCGAAGUCCUCAAGCAAGUCAAAUCGCUUUCCUACGAAGUCAUUAUUUUCGAUACCGCUCCCACCGGCCACACGCUUCGUUUCCUACAAUUUCCUACCGUUAUGGAGAAGGCACUCGCAAAGGUCUCGCAAUUGUCGCGCCAAUUCGGCCCUAUGCUCAACUCCUUCCUUGGAGGAGGAGGACGCCUCCCCAAUGGACAGAACAUGGAUGAGUUAAUAGAGAAGAUGGAGUCUCUGCGCGCCACAAUCUCAGAAGUCAACGGACAAUUCAAAGAUGCGGAUUUGACGACAUUCGUCUGCGUAUGCAUUCCUGAGUUCUUAAGUUUAUACGAGACGGAGCGUAUGAUCCAGGAGUUAAGCAGCUACGAGAUCGACACGCAUGCAAUCGUUGUCAACCAGUUGCUCUUCCCUAAGCAGGACAACCCUUGUGAGCAAUGCAAUGCCAGGCGCAAGAUGCAAAAGAAGUAUCUCGAGCAGAUCGAAGAACUGUAUGAUGAGUUCAACGUCGUCAAGAUGCCACUCUUGGUAGAGGAAGUGAGAGGAAAGGAGAAAUUAGAGAAAUUCAGUGAAAUGCUCGUGCAGCCGUUCGUACCACCACAGUAG